UGCAUCCGGAAAAUGAAAAUUUAGGUGUUUGUUGUGUAUUUAUUUAUUUCUGUUUUAAUAUCAGUGUUUUUUUAAAAGGGACUUGGCGACGACUUAUACGGCCAAGUGAGAUAGACUGUACAUUAUGAUUGGCAAGGAAUUAAUGAAAAGAGCAAUUUUUCAGCAGGGUCAUGCAUUUGCUCUAAUGACUGGAUGCAAGAUAUUCAUUCGUAUAGAUGAUUUGGAUGAGAAUAAUACAUCGUCGCACUGCUAUGCCAGUCGACAACUUCUCAACGAAUACUGCCACCUAGGUUUAAAAUGUGAUAUGAAAAAUCACAUAUCUGUAGACGGCGAAACAGGACAACCAAUAAAUAACUUGUGUACAAAGAAUAGUGGAGAUAAAUAUAGUUAUAACCAUGCUGAAUCUGACACUGCUGGUGAUUACGAACCUGAAGAUUUUGAACUACACGACACUGAUGAAUAUUCAGUUAAUGACAAUGACAAAGGAAAUAGCAAAGUAACAGAAAUUAACAAUGAUUUGUGUUACGUGAAGGAAGAGGAAAAUACUAAUUAUUUGUGUGAGCAGGUCAGUCUGAACAGAUUCAAUGAUAAUGCUAGUAGUGACCAGGUCAAUCUAAACAGAUUCAAUGAUAACACAAGUAGCAUUGGUGUUGAUGGCACCCAUGAAGUAUUUACUGGUGAAAAUAUUGUGCAGAUGAAAGAUUCUGACUGUGUAUAUGGAGGUGGGGAGACAUUGGAGAUACACAUCAAACAUGAAGGUGAUACAACAAAUUUAACAUGCAAGGAAACUAAACAAAUGAAUGAGGUCAACAUGGAUGGUUUCAGUAAUGACAUUGAACAAACUUAUAACAAUCAAGAUGACAUUAGCGAAAGAAACACAAGUCUAGACUCAUUCAUUGAAGAAAGUCAGGAAAUUGCUCUUGGAGCAAUGUUGUUACAGUGCAUUCAUUGCAAUCAUACUUUUGAUAGUAAACAACAGCUGGAUAAACAUCUUGUGACUAAACACAGUGACAGGCCGUACAUUUGUCAUGAGUGUGGAGAAACCUUUAAAAAAUUUGCUAAUCUAAAACAACAUAGGAAUGUACACGCUGGUUUGAAGCCAUUUAGCUGUGAUGUAUGUGGUCGAAAAUUUGCUCGAAGCUCUCAUCUGAAAGGCCACCGAUACACGCAUGAAAACAUAAGUCCAUACAAAUGUGAAAUUUGCAAUACAUUUUUCACCAAUUCGUACAAUGUGAAACGACACAUGUUGCGGCAUGGUGGUGAACGGCCAUAUCAGUGUUCCAUUUGUUGUCAUACUUUUUACCGUAGAGAUCAACUACUUGCUCAUGAAAGAUCUCAUGUAAGAAAGAUGAAAAAACAAUCUGUAAGUCUCUGUCACUGA